CUCGCACUGCUGUUGCUGUAACCAGCCACGCUAGACGCAAGGCCCACGCACACACCCACCCUGCCCAAAAAUUUGCGUUGUUUCGCUGAACGCCGUUCCCCAAGAAGCUGACGUAACAUCGACGUCUACUCCCUCCAGCCCCGUGCGAAUCCGUGUGUCCGACCGUAGCGUGAUGGUGCCUAACGUCGGAGCGGGCGACACGAGCGAAGAAGUCGUGCAGGAACUCAACAGCACCGAAGCAGCAGCAGCUGCAGUGGAAACGACCGAACGGUUGGGGGUGUCACCGGCUCCUACGCAGGGGCAUGUCCUGAACUGCCAGUUCGGUCGAUGGCAUCCGGUGUUCAAACACUGCACACCGCGUAGCGUGGUACUGGAGCUCCCCGAAGAUGUGGUGCGGUACCUCCAGCAGGAUGGCGUGGUGCUGCCGAAGGGCUUCCAGAUGUCGUGCGGGGAAGGGGUGCGGGAUGACAUCGACGACGAGGUGGACUGGGGAAAUGAAGACGAGGAUGAACAAGAUAGGCCAGACUUCCCGGACCUUCACGCGCUGCUGAGUGACGCGAUUGCUUCUUUGGGGGGAGCGGUGUUUCCCAAGCUCAACUGGAGCUGCCCGAAGGCGACUCAAGACGCGGCGUGGGUAAACGGAGGGAGCCUCAAGUGCAAGCUGCCAGGGGACGUGCUCUGCCUGAUCAAGAGCUCCACCUUCAUCUCGCAUGAUCUCAACCAUGCGUUUGACGCGUGCACGGGCUCGAGCAUAUCUCGACCGGAAACAUUUACGCUGGUCUUGCGGAAGUGGUGCAACCUCCACCCCUCCAUGCUCUUCCGGUGCUUCGUCAGAGAGAGGCGGCUUGUGGGUGUUUGCCAAAGAGACUGCACGAGCUACUACGGGUUUCUAGAGGAAGAGGCGGACCGGCUGUCGACGUUACUGGAGGAAUUUUUCGCGGCGGAAGUGUGCAAGAAGUUCGCAGACCCUGACUGCGUGGCGGACGUGUACGUGGACAACCGCUCUCGAGUGUGGCUCCUGGACAUAAACCCCUAUUCGGGGGUGACGGACUCGCUCCUGUUCGACUGGUCCGAAGAUGCUCUGGCCGCCCCUCUCCCACCACGCCCGCCGAUGCUUAACCAAGGAGAGGAAACCCUCCCGCCGGGGGUCGCCAUGCGGAUACACUUCGACCCCUCACCUACACACGGAGGCCACGCGAGUUCCACGCCUUCUGGAACUGUUUUAGCGCCAGGCAAUGACCCGAGUGGCUCACAGCAAGGGCCGCCUGGGGGGCGGACAAGGGCAACAGGCGUUCUCGCGAGAGCGACGGGGAUUACGCUGGCUGGGGGGGAGGAGGGGAGGGACUUCGAGUUUCGGUGCGUGCCGUCCAGCUUGCACAUGGUGCCGGACCCGAUGGGGCGAUAUAGGGGCCCAGCGGAUGUGGGCAUGGGGACCCUUGCGUGCGGCACUGGGGGCAACGGGGGUCUCGAGCUCGAGGACUUGAUCGAGUCGUGCCGCCUCGCGGAGAAGGAGGAUUGAUGCGCAAAGAGUGUCUGCACAGCCAGCGGGAACGAACGGCGGCAGGCGGGGAGAAUCAUCGUUUGAUUGCCAGCUGGUUUCGGACGCACGACGAUGAACCUUAUGCCGCGUCUUAUGAUAGCACCGAUAACAAGCGGUUCAGCCUGCGAUCAGGAAACGACCCACAGGGCCAUUGAAUCUCGGUCCAAAGCACUUGAGCGUUGUGGAAGGUAAGGGAUCAGAGCAGCUUGUGGUCAGAGGACAAGCGGGGGGCACGAGUCCCUGGAACAUGUGAAGGCGUAUAUUCAGCUGUCUCGAAGGCCUUGCGGUGGGGUGGUUGCUGCUCGUGUCAAACACCAAUGUCAUCACGAAAGGGGGGGAAUUGUAUCUAUCUGGCUUCAAGAUUUCGUCCACCAAUCACGAGACGUUUGAGCGCCAAAUUGGCUGUGCCUCUCCCCUAUUCUUCGACGCUCCAUUUUCGCGCUGUGGAACAAAGGCAACAACGGGAGACGUGCGUGCAUCUCACCGACGGACAGUUGUUCUCACCACUGAUUUGAGAGAUGUUGGACUUCGAACAGCUCAUGUUAGGGUAGCAGAUCGGC